AUGGCGCCGCCGAUAAGAAGCGAGCAGCAGAAUGAGGUGAUGGAGCACCUGCCGGCUGAAUCACCGCACUGCGACAUUCUUGAUUUCUCUCCCUUCAUCAUCAUCCAGCACUCUGCGCUCGCCGGACCACCGAGCACGAGCAGCGGUCGCCCAGAUAUCCAUCCGCUAGCUGAAUGCCACGAUGGCCAGCCACGAGAGCCGACCAAACGGCCAACAGCGAGCUGCUGCUGCUGCAGCCAAGCGCUUGUGCUGCAGCUAUUAUUCGCGACGGAAGCCAAGGCCUGCCAGAUGACACGCUGCUGUGCGAAGGGCAAUGGGCGCGGUGCGCACGGUGAGCGGGCUGGCGCUGCUCACGUUCACCGCGAUAUCGCAGCCGAGCUAUUUCCACGUGGCGCUGCUGCUCGCCUCGCUCUGGCUCAGUGCCGCGUUCGCGUUCCGGCGCUGGCCGCGAGCCUGGAGCGGAGUGCUGCUGGGCGCGGCGCUGGCCAUCCUCGUGCUCCACCUGGCGCUGCUGCUGCUCGCCCAGCUCGCCUACGUGCAGUCGGUGCUCAACGACACCACCAGAAGGGCGCUUGGUCUGGUCCCGUUGUUCUGCGCAUCGAGGGCGGAGCGUGGAGGGUGCGUGAGGCCAUCGUGGAAUGUGCACGUCGGCGUGCUCGCCGAACUCUGCUUGGCGAGCCUGUUGGCCUGGGCCAGAAGGGCGUCGCCGUCGCCGUCGCGAUACAGUGCCGAGAGGGAGGCGAGCUCGGCUGGUUGCUGCUGCCGACAAGUGUAUCUGCUCACGCCGCUCUCUGUGAUUUUUUGGGCGCUUCUCUUCCCGUGCUGGCUGAGUUUGCUUUGGCUCCUCUCCUCCUGGCUUCUGUUCUCGUUGAUCGGCGAACGAAGGCAUCGGCUCGCAACAGCUCCGUUCAUUCUGUGCUAUGCUUCGGAAUGCGAGAGGACUCGUGCGCACUGCUGGUGGCUAAGCCUGCGAUUGUGGCCCGAUUGGCCGUUGGCUAG